AUAAGAAGCUCCAUUAAUAAAUUUCUUGCUAAUCAUGGACAUGAUCACAAGCAUGGUGAGUGAUAAACCUGCGGUGAUAUUUAGCAAGAGCAGCUGUUGCAUGAGUCACUCCAUCAAGUCACUGAUACGUAGCAUUGGGGCAAACCCCACUGUUUAUGAGCUUGAUCAAGUGGCAAAUGGGAAGCAGAUUGAGAGGGCUCUGCUUCAAAUUGGAUGCCAGCCAAGUGUUCCUGCUGUUUUUAUAGGACAACAAUUCAUUGGUGGCUCUAAAACAAUCAUUAACUUGCAUCUUCGGAAUGAGUUAGCGCCACUGCUGAAGUAACAAGAGUUACAUAUAGUGUCAAAGCUGAAAAAGAAUUUUGGAGUCUAGCUAUAUAGUUUUAUAUAUAGUUGAAUCCAGAUAUCAUAGAUUUCUGGUUCAGCUAUAAUAAAUAUAUCAACUCCAAAAUCCAAAUUUAAUUGACAUCCUCCCUUAUGAGAGUGGCGUCUAUAGCUAGAAAAUGAUCGAAUUCGCAUUGCAAGAAGGAACUCAAUUCACUUAUUUUGCUAAUUCAUAAGUUUUUAUCA